AGCCUCCUCUUCCUUGUUUCCAAAGCAAAGAAGAAAGAAAAGGUAUCAACAACGACGAUAUCAUCAACAUCGUAAUCAUUCGCGUCUCUCUCUCUCGAUAUAUAUGCAAUAAGCGUAUUACACCCGUCGUUGCAGUAACAGCGUUCGGCGUAAAUUCUCGGCCUGUACGUCCUUGUCCGCAGCGCGCACGGGAGGUGUGAAUAUCCCUUCUCGGAGUAUUCAUGGAUUGAAUACUAUUGUUAAUAUUAUCAUUGCUCGUUUUGAUUAUUUAUCUACGUAAUAGUAAAAGAAGAUGUUCCGAUCGUCUCGCCUCGCUCGUGGCGUGGUGGAGACCGUCACGCGUGAGAACCUCACCGUGUCGCGGCUCACCAGUGGGCUGCGGGUGAUUACCUGCGAUGACGGCAACGGCAUCACCGGGAUGGGCUUGUUUUCCCUUAUCGGCCCCAAGUUUGAGGAAGCGGGCAGCUUUGGCGCCUCUGCCGUGCUGGAGUCGCUACCGCUGCGGAGCAACGAAAAGAUGAGCAACACGGAGAUCAGCCAAAGUCUCGGCAUCUUAGGAAACGCCUACAAGGUCACCAACAACCGCGAGGCCAUGUCCGUCAUGCUCAUGCUGCCCCGCUACCACCAAAGGGAAGGGCUGGACCUCCUGAACGGCAUGUGGCUGCACCCGACGCAGAGCAAGGAGGAGUUCGCGAUAGCAAAGGAGCAGACGAUGCAGCGGGGGUCAUUGCUCAGUCGUGACGCGACGAGCAUGCUGUUUGAGAUGGUGCAUAAGGCCGGUUGGGGCGGCCGCGGCCUGGGCAACCCGCUCUGUCCCUCAGAGCAACAGCUAGAGCAGCUGAGCCUCGAGUCUUUCCACAGCUUUCACAAGCACUACACACGUCCGGAGCGCAGCGUGCUGGCGGCCACCGGCGUGGCGGACCACAAAGCCUUUGCGCUAGAAGCGGAGUCCCGCUUGCAGUUUGAUGAAGCUGGUGCUGCGGACAGCAAAUGCGCGACGCCGUCCCUCGUGGCGCCGUACACGGGUGGCUGCGAGUACGUGCAGAACACCACCGCCCCGGAGUCGAUGAACAAGUUCCAGGAGAAGAACCUGAGCCACAUGGGGAUGUUUUUUCAGGGUAUUCCGAUGGCGCACCCCGACUACUACACCUUUUCCGUGAUCCAGACGCUGCUGGGCGGUGGCACGUCGUUUAGCUCCGGUGGGCCGGGGAAGGGCAUGCACACGAAGCUCUUCCGCGAAGUGUUGAAUCGCGAGCCGAACCUGCACGGCAUGGAAUGCAUCACCGCGUGGUACAGCGAUGGCGGCCUGCUCGGGCUCUACGGGUCUGCGCCGCAUGAGAACGUGAAGAAGCUGCUGCAGAUCAUGAUCUAUCAAGGCUCCUCGAUCAGCCAGCGGGUGACCGCGGAUCACCUGGAGAUGGCAAAGAACCAACUCAGCUCGCAGCUGAUUUUGCUGGGCGAGGGCCGCGAGCAGCUGUUGAAUGACAUGGGCUUCAACCUGCUCGUGCACAACCACACCAUCACCCCACAGGAGACGAUCCGCGGCAGCGCUCAGGUGACGAUGGAGGGUCUGCGGCACGUCUGCUCGCAGCUCAUCGAGCGCCCGGUCACGUUUGCCGUGUAUGGAGAGACGAAAGAGAUGCCGGAGUACAGUCAGCUGACGGAGGCGUUGAAGAAGUCGUACACCUCCUUCAACAAGAAGUGA